AUGACUUUGCCACAAGCAAAAUUCAUUAAAUUGUUACAACUCUUUUACUAUCUAAUCAGUUUUCUUUUGUUCAGGUUUCCGAAUGUUACACACUCUAAGCCUAACUGUCCUGCAGUUGACAAAUGUGGAAACGUUACCAUACCUUACCCUUUUUCAACUGUAGAUGGCUGUUACCAUGACGAGUCUUACUACAUACAAUGUGACCCUUCAACGCAAAUUCCACUCCUGAAUAUGUCUAGCUACUUGUUCUUUGACGAAAUGUUAUUUAACGGAACAAUUCCACGCUAUUACUUGACGGUGAACAAAACAGGUAAUUUAGAAGUUCUAGAGAUAACAUUAGAUGGCCAUCUAAUAGUGGCUGUCCCACCAGUGUACAGUUGCUUUGACAAACAUGGAACCAGAACUUCAGGAUACGUGGGAACAGUUAGUACAUUCAAGUUCCCCUUUUCAAGCACUCGUAACAGAUUCGUCGGAGUAGGUUGUGACAUUGAUGCUGUUAUGUUGCUUGAAGUACCCUCUAUGAAUACAAGUUGUCCAACGCUUUGUGAUUACUUCCAUGAUAUUAAAAAUGGGUCAUGCCAAGGCUCUGGGUGUUGCACAGCCCCCAUUCCACAAGGCAUGACUAAGGCGGGAUUUGCCAUUAGUGGCACGGUAAACCAAUCAUGGGUGGCAUCAGAUUAUAGUAAAUGUGGUUAUGCUUUCAUGGUAGACCAUACCAAGUAUAACUUUAGCGUUGGUGAUCCUAGCACUAUGAGCAAUGACGUAUCUUUCCCGGUGGUUCUUGAAUGGUUUGCCGGCAAUACUUGUUGUGAAAAGGCAAAAAUGGACAAUACAACUUACAUGUGUAGAGGGAAAAGUGUAUGUCAAGAUGUAGAUAGAGAAAGAGGUCUUCCUGGGUAUCGAUGCCAAUGCUAUGGUGGAUAUAGUGGAAACCCGUAUGUAAGUGAUGGAUGUCAAGGUUCGUUUGACCCUUUAUUUUCAUACAGUUUAGGUGUUGCAGGUAAAGCAGUAGCAGGAAUUUUUUGUGUUGCUAUAGUCAUGGCUUUGACAUAUUGUGGAAUAAAGAAGAGGAAAUCGAUCAAGGGUAGAGAGAACUUCUUCAAACAAAAUGGUGGAAUCAUGUUACAAGAAGUUCUAUUUUCAAGGAAAGAUCAAGUCGACAAUAAUGCGAUAAUAUUCACCUACGAAGAAUUAAAGAAAGCUACCAACAAAUUCAAUAAGACCAACAUUAUAGGCCAUGGGGGGUAUGGUGUUGUUUACAAAGGAAUCCUAGCAAACAAGACGACCGUAGCCAUCAAAAAGUCUAAAGUAAUUGACGAAAGUCAAAUCAAGCAGUUCUUGAAUGAGGUGAUCAUUCUAUCCAAAAUCAACCAUCCAAACAUCGUAAAACUCCUCGGCUGUUGCUUUGAGACACACGUUCCCUUGCUUGUUUAUGAAUAUAUAACCAAUAACACCUUAUGCCACCACAUACAUAAGGAAGCAACGAUGAACUUUGAGACACGGCUAAAGAUAGCUACAGAAACCGCUAAAGCUCUUUAUUAUAUGCACUCAACCACACAAAUAAUCCAUAGAGAUGUGAAGCCCUCAAACAUACUAUUAAAUGAUGAAUUCUCUGCCAAACUAUCCGAUUUUGGAAUUUCAAGGUUUGUCCCUCCUGGUCAAAGCCAUCUAUCAACAUAUGUAAAAGGAACUAUAGGUUAUGUGGAUCCUGAGUACUUUUGUACCGGAAAAUUGAACGAGAAAAGUGACGUUUAUAGUUUUGGAGUUGUUCUUGUAGAGUUACUUACUGGAACAAAGAUUCAUUCUUUAGAGAUUUCGUUAAACAGAUAUAGGGGUGCAGCAGCAUAUCUAUCUUCACUAUUGGAACGUAAUGCAUUGUUUAAAGUUCUUGAUAAACAACUGAAGAGCGAGGAGUAUGCCGAGGUGGUCAAACGUGUUGCUGAAAUAGCAAUUCAUUGCCUUGAUCUCGAAGGGAAGAAUAGGCCUACAAUGAAAGAAGUAAAAAAAGAACUGGAACACCUAAGAUGUGUUUUGUUUCUAAUUAAAGCCAAAGCCAUACAUAGUGUGGUUGAAGUUGUUAGAGCUAAUAUAAAUAAUGCAUUGAAUUAA